AUGCGGGAACGGGGCAACACGAGCCACGGUAUCCAGAGCCAGUGGCAUCAGCGGAGAGACGAUCCAGGCGCGGACGGUCGUCCCUGGGGCCCAGUUGACGAGCUUAACCUCUACAUGGGCACCGCCUUCAGCAGCAUUCCUGACGACAAUGAGUCGGCUCGAUCGCCUUACUUUGCCCCUUCGGCCAGUGAUUGUUCAACGAUCUCGGAGAAAGAUUCAUCAUACAUCAUCGACUGGAAGAAGCCGCAACAUUCCGAAAAUUCGAUGCAUUGGGCAAUGAGGUCAAGAUUGGUGCAGAUCCUGCUUGUGGGGCAGUUGCCUCACCCGCUCACGCUCACGCCGUACCGAGCAUUCUUAGGCAGUUCAGCGCCCUAA